AAAUCGGCGAACAAAACUCACGCUUCACGUGGCGAGGUCUUUUGACGAAUUGAUGCGAUAUCCACAAACAAGCCUUUGGUGUACUGAGAGGAGGCAGGUUACGCGAAGCUUAGAAAUGAUAGAUAGAAAAUAAAUACAUUUGCUGUGAAUCGUGCAUUAGUAACCAUAAAUCUCAGAAGCCAGGUUUGCUUGUUUUAUGUAAGGUUUCCACAACGCUCCAGUGAAAACAGAUUAAGAAGAAUUCGAGAAUUUUGUACUUAUUCAUAAUUUAGACAUUGCCGAAAUAGGCAAUCUCCCAUAGUUUAUAUCUUUUCAAAAAAUUUCACCUUUGGAUAAUACUGAUUUAAAUAAGGGUAUGCUGGGGAUAAUAGAUUGAACUCGACAAAUCAAUAAUUUUAUUAUCCCUUCGUGUUUUUAUCCACUCAUUCAAUGUAUUAGUAUAUGAUAUUCAAAAAUAGGCUACGCUGCUUCUCUGAAGUGAAAUUACUCAAAUUAUAAUUUGGAAUUUAUGAUUGACCCGCGUCUUUUGAAUCUAUAUAUACCAAUAAAUAAUAUAACACUCCUAAAAAAAACGAUAAUUCUCAUCACAAUGUGUUUCAUAUGAAGAGUAGUGUUUAGUAAGCACAUGUAGACAUGAUUAUUAUUAAAAUAGUACUGCAUGUAUUGCUGUUUGUAAGCAUUCACUGUUUGACUCGACAAAAUCAACAGCUAUUACGUCGUCUGAAAAGACAGUCAAGUCGUACAGGUUUGAUUCCACCGAAGAUACCUUAUGCUUCUCUUUCAGCUGGUGUCGUCCCUUCGCGAGUGAGGAGCAGAUUACGUAGUGGCGUCGGGUCAUCGCAAUCCACGACAGGUCAAAGAGGAUCAAGUCAAGGGGCAUCUACCCAGGGUACAGGCAGCACUGGCGCGACAGGUUACGGCCAACAGCAAUAUACAACAGGAGGUCAAGGGUAUCCUUACGGCGGCAGUGCAUAUCCGAACACUCCGACUGGACAAGGUUAUGGACAACAAUUAUAUGGCCAACAGUCAGCUAGUGGCCAGGAUGGACAAGCUGGUGUACCCCUGGGUCGCAGUACGUUCCCAUAUGCUAACAGUCAACAGGCUCAGCAAGGGUAUCAGCAAGAAUACCAAACACAGUCAAGUACCCGGCAAUACCCAUCAGUUCCACAAUACGGCAUGGGCAGAGGCGGAUAUCAACAACCAACGGGGUAUCAACCAACGGGAGCAUACAAUCCGUAUGGAGGUGUGGGUGGAUAUGGAUACGGCGGAGGUUAUCAAAGGGGAGGGAAUCCCUACGCAGCUGGUGGUGGAAUGUACGGCAUGCAACAAAUGCCAUAUAUGAAUCCGUACGGCAUGAGCCAAGGAGGUUACUACGGAGCUGGAGCCGCAGGUUCAUCUAGUAGAUAUGGUGGAAGACAGUACGGAGGAUCUUAUGGUGGCGGUGGAAGGUCGGGAAGUUCUUAUGGAGCAGCGAAUCCGUAUGGCUCGAGCAGUACACAAGGAGGAUAUGGUAGCGGUGGAUCUAGUUAUUAUGGCGGCAGUGGCUCUACUGGAGGCUAUAGUGGAAGUUCUUACGGCGGAACUCAAUCGCCUACAGACAAUUCUUACGGACAAACGUAUGGCGGAUACUCUAACAGCGGAGGAGGGUACGGAUCCACCGGAGAAUCCGCUGACUCUGGGGCACAAGCUGGAGGCGUUCCGAGUUACGGAAGUUCGAGCAGUUCAAGUAAUCCGUACGGAAACACUGUUGGCAGCGCAUAUGGUGGCGCGUCCUAUGGCGGAGGCAGCUCAGAUGCUAGCGAAAGCAUUUAUGGACAAACGAGUGGCUCCCGAUAUGCAACCAGUGGAAGCAGAUACGGCUACGGUGAAGGCCAGUAUGGAGCCGGGGCAUCCGAAUCCGGUGGUGGUUAUGGUUCAUACGGACAAUCUCAAACAUAUCAAAGUCAAGGCGCGGACGCUGCUAGUUCGCAAAGCAGUGCGGGCCAAAGAGGUGUGGGUGACAGUCAAGUAGGUGGGUAUUAUAAUCCAUUAUCGUCUCAAAGUUCUGUAUUACCUGGUGCUGUUGGUGCACAAUUCACACCGCCAUAUCAACAACAAGGACAAUAUGGUUCGCAGUCAGAAGUCGCAGGAGAAACGAGAACACAAGGCCGAUUUUCAUCACAGCAGAUUUACCAAACUGGGAGAUUUUACAGUCCACAGACUAGCGAUUCCAAUACACGGAGCGAAGACCAACUGGGAGUAGGCGUUUCUGCAGGUGGCGACGCGGAUUCCAUCACUCCGUCAUCAUCUGACGAAAGCCCUUCGGCGCCUGUACCUGCGGAUGAACCAUCCGGAUCUCGAUCAGUGUACCCAGACCACCAGGGUAUUUUCCUUGUACCAAGUCGACUGCAGCCAAACCCUGAAGAAACCCGAGAAGUUGAAGUGCAGGGUAACGAGCGAAAUAAAGCUGAACGCAAAGAACCUUCAACGAAACGUCCCCACCCUUCGCUGAGAAAAUGUAGAAAACUCUCAGACGGCCUUCCAGAUAUUUACGUCGACGCAGGUAAAAUGCAGAAAUCGGUUUUUGUUCAGACCAAAUCUAUCUCCAAACUUUCUUGUGCAAAAGAAGAAAAUUGCCUUGCCAAAUCCGCAUACGACCGUAACCCAGUUCCAGUCAGAAAAUUGCUCAGAUUUGCGACUGUUGUUCACAAUGGAGGAACUGCUGUUUUUCUACCUGAUGCCCAUCACAGAGACUGGAAAUACCAUUCCUGCCACGACCACUACCACAGCAUGAAGGAAUUUGCUCACUUUCAUCUUUUAUUUUCUAAUGGCACCAUUGCGGCUGAAGGGCAUAAAGUUAGUUUUUGUCUCCAAGAUAGUGGAUGCAAAAAUCCCUGUACGAAAGAGUUUACCUGCAACAAAACAACUCAAGGAAUUUCUCCUGGAUGCCACGAUGAUUAUCUCGCUUCACGAGACUGCCAGUGGAUUGAUAUUACCGACGUUGUUCCUGGAGCAUACACCUUACGUGUAACUGUCAAUCCAUUGGUGAAUGGUAUCAGAGCCGUACCUGAAUUGUCUUACACGAACAAUGCAAUCGAAUGCCCUGUGAGCAUCACAAUGACGAAGGCGGAAACAACCGGAAGAUGCAGACUGAAGAGAUAAAAAAAAGUUGAUGAAGAACAUUUGCACACUUAACAAACUAUCUUUAAGAGUUCAUUCAGUAGCGAGCAUAUCUUAGUUAUUAGUGUAGUUUUAUUUCAAAUAUUCUAGAUUGCCCAAUUCAUUAUUCAAUUAAAUGUUUAUGUGGGCCUAUAGAAAUAUCAUUAUCAUUAAAUUUGCGAAACUUCUGUGGUAUACCGUCCCAAGUGCAUUUUUUCCUAAUUUGAUCCGCGUUUGAUGUGGAUUUUGACUUGCGGCGAUGAUAGUUCUACGUUGAUUCGACGUCCGUGUUUUUAACAAAUUAAUGUAAAUUUAGCACUAAAUCUUUUCAAUACUGGUAAUUUUGGUACAAUCUUGAGUUUUUCUUUAGCUCGUUUAUUCGUAUUGACGUAUAUAUCAUAAUGAUUGUAAACUAUGAUUGAAAUUGUGAUUUCUCAGUGUGUUUCUCUUUCAUUUUCAGUCAGUUAUCCAUGAUUCGUAACUUUAUUACAUGACCUGGACGGACCCUUUUUAGAGAGAUUACAUUAUUCUUGAUUUUUGUCAACUAUUGUCUUGAAAAAUAAAUGUGAAAGCAUGUUUUUCGUGCUAAAGAAUAAAGCCAAUUUCAAUGUAUAUUAUAUAACUUUUGUCAAAAUAAAAAACUUGACUACUUCAGGUGCUCAUA